AGCACUAUCUAUACAUUAUUAAUUCCAAAACUUUGUGUGAGUACAUAUCUCUCUCUUCAAUUUCCAUAUAGUAUCAUUAUUUAUUUUGUAUAGUAGAGAAGAAAAACAAGUAAUGGACUUGAAUCUCAAGGAAACUGAGUUAUGUUUGGGGAUGCCUGGUGUUGGAGGAGAUCACAAUAUUAAGAAAAGAGGAUUUUCUCAAACUGUUGAUCUCAAACUCAACCUCGAUAAUCCUUCUAUCAACAUCAACAAUACUUCUUCCAAUCUCAAGCCACCAACUAAGGCUCAAGUGGUGGGGUGGCCACCAGUAAGAUCAUUCAGAAAGAACAUAAUGUGUCAAAAAGGGAACAAUAAUGUAGAAAUUAGUGAGAAGGGAGAAAAAACAAUAGCAUUUGUGAAGGUCUCCAUGGAUGGUGCACCUUACCUUCGUAAGGUAGAUUUAAAGAUGUACAAAAGUUACCAACAACUCUCUGAUUCUUUGACCAAGAUGUUUAGCUCCUUUACUAUGGGUAAUUAUGGGUCCCAAGGAAUGAUAGAUUUUAUGAAUGAGAGGAAACUGAUGGAUGUCCUCAAUAGUUCUGACUAUGUACCUACCUAUGAAGAUAAGGAUGGGGACUGGAUGCUUGUUGGAGAUGUACCUUGGCAGAUGUUUGUUGAUUCAUGCAAGCGUUUACGCAUAAUGAAAGGAUCAGAAGCCAUUGGACUUGCACCAAGAGCCAUGGAGAAAUGCAAGAACAGGAGCUGAGCAAUUACUUCAGCAACUCAUAUAUGGAGACUCAAAAAUGUUGAUGAAGAAUGAAGCAAUCAAUUUCCAUGGUGUCUGUAUUUUUAUUUGAUAGUUAGUAGUAUAUAAAUAUAUAGAUAAUUAUCUUUGGACAUUUGUAAUUGGACAAGAAGCAAUAAACAAAAAAAUACUAGUCUUGCUUGUUUAUUUCUAAUAGGCUUUGUUUAAUUAUUGUCCCUCAACUUUUAUUAUUUUAUUUUCCUUUUGCUUGUUUCUGUUU